UUGGGCUUUCGUAAAUGUUCAUAGUAUCCAUUUCCAAACUAGGACCGAUGCCAAUAUCCAUCAGCACCCUGUGAAUUAUUAUUCCAUGUUCUCACCAGAACGAUUUUACUAUUAAGACCUGCAAGACUAUAAGGGUUUGUCUUCAUACCUGACGGAAGGCCAUCAAGAUUGACGUCAUGCAAAGUUCAAGACGAGGUCGGAACCAGCCCCUGGAAUCUUGGGAAGGAAUCAAAAGUGGUCUUAUUGAGGUCAUCGAUACAGACAAAGACAUAGAACGAGAAUUCUUCAAUUCGUCCUAUACAAAACUGAGACAAGAAAUCAAGAAUGGAGAACAAUUUUUCCAGACCCUUGAAAAUAAUUUUGGGGAACAUUUUCAUGUUGUCGAAUUCCUCAUCAACCUGACUGAAGAUAUUGGACUUCAUGUUGAUGAUGGUUCGACUAAGGUCGCUGACUCUCUUCGCGAAUACUUGAAUGGGUUAAAAGAGUAUGAAAUUGAAUUGAAUGAAAAGGGUCUUGGAACAAAAUGUUUCAUCGGAAGAGAGGAAGAACUUGCGUGUAUCAUCCAAAAUUUGAAAACUGAAAAGGAUAGAAAGGGACUUCUGAUAUGCGGGAUGGGUGGAAUGGGGAAAACAAGUUUGGCGGUUGAGGUCUGUCGUCAUCUGUACAUGGAAGACAAGUGGAAUGUGUUUAAAAUAGACUUAAGAGGAGAGACAACUCUUCGUGAUUUGCUGCGCAACACAUUGACGAAAUUUGGAGAAAGGUUGCCAUUUUCAUCGACGGAUAACACAGCAGGAGGCAAUAUAGGGGAAAGCGAUCUGAAAUAUUUACAAGAUUUACUUAUAAAGAGAUGUAAUCAUGAGAAGUCAGAUACAGUCUUGUUUUUGGACAACAUUGAUGGUAUCCUAGAAAAGGACAGACAAAGAUUUUUGUCCUUUGCUCAGCAACUGCUACAGAAGUCAAAUACCAAUUCAGAUGAGGAUGACCAAUUUCCGUCGAAGAUGCGGAUUAUUUUCACAGCAAGAGAAAAACUAAUUUCGAGCAAGGCUGUUGGUUUACGCAGGGGAUUGAUUCAAGAAGUUGAAAUCAAAGGUUUAAAUAACGCAGAAGCUGUUGAAUUAUUUACAUUGACCCUUGGAAAAGAGCCUGAUACGGAUACGGUGACAAAGAUAGUUGCGUUCUGUGGAAACUGUCCUUUGGCCAUUCUAUCGCUGUGUAACAGCAUUCGAGGCUCUGAAUUGACACCAGAACAGUUAUUAUUCCAACUCCAAAUGAACCAAAAAGAUGCAGGAGAAUUUGAUAGUUUUGGAAUUGAGUCAUGCCUGGAACAGUCUUUCCGUCUUUUGAAUAAAGACCUUCAAAGAUUUUUACUCGAGUUGUCAGUGUUUCGUACAGCCCAGUUUGACAUCCAUGCAGCAGUUGCGAUUGCUGGUAGAAGCCAAAGUAGUAAAAAGGCGGCAACAGCUCUCGAUUUAGUACAUCUCAAGAGCCGGCAUUUUGUUGAAGUUACGGUCGAAGGCCUAAGAAGGUCCAAGGCCUACUCUUUACAUCCGUUAGUUGUUCAAUUCCUGAUAAAGAAAACUGAAGGAAUGACUGCAGAAGACGAUCUCAUCAAGAAGGCAAGAAGUAGAUUUAUUGAACAUUUUGAUGGGGUGGUUCAGUCCAUAUCUUUAGAUCUUCAAAACGACCCAAUGGAAACUCAAAGAAAGCUCAUUCAAAAUAAAACUCACAUCCAAAGUUUCUUCAGCUACUUGAUUACCUCUGAAGGAAAACUGAGGCAGACAUGCGUCGAUUCACCGAGUGUGAUGGGUGAAUUUCGAAGAGAUGAAUUAUGCUCUUUCAUUCUGAGUGAGCACGAACGCAAGGAUUAUUAUGACCAAUAUAUCCAGUAUGCCAAGGAAAAUGGCUUAAUUCUGGAUGAGAUAUAUUUCAAAACAGCAAAAGCAAGAUUGUUCUUUGAAAUCGAUAGAUCAGAUGAAUGCGAGAAGCUGUUAAACGAAACAGAGGACCUCAUAAACAGAGAAAACUCCCUAGAUGAAGGGACGAAAUCCCCAUUAUUAGGACUGUUCUACUGGAUGAAGGGCAGAUUUCAAAAUGCUAGGUCUCAAUAUAAGAAUGCCUUAGCGAUGUUUGAAAGAUCUUUAAAAUUCUAUCAAGAAGAACCAGAACUUUAUAAUACGGACAUUGCAAACAUAUACAAUUCUAUAGGAGUGCUUUACUACAAUCAAAAGGAAUAUGACAAGUCUGAAUGCUACCACAGAAAAGCGCUAAAGAUGGCAUUGGAGCAUAUGGGAGUUGACGCUGAGGGAAUCAACAUUCAAGUUUAUUAUACUAACAUUGCAACUGCUCUUUUUGCGCAGUGGCAAAAACAAUCAAAAUCAAGUAUUCUCGAGGAAUCAAACCGCACACUCUUAAAUCAAGCUGAAGAAUACUAUACUCUUGCCAUCUAUCACGACCCUAAAGCAUCGGAGAGUCGUGCAAAGAAACUGACCAAUCGUGGGAAAUUAUACCUCAAAAUGGAAAGGUACGAUGACGCUGAGCAAGAUUUCCAAGAGAGUCUUCAGAUCAGGAAGGAUACCUUAGUCCCUCCCAAUAUUAACCUUACGCAUGCCUACCACAACGUCGGUAUGUUUUACUUCCGGAAAGGAGUAAACCCAGAAACAAAAAACAAGGCGGAGUGUUUCGUACUAGCAGCAAAAUAUUAUGAAGAGGCAAGGUUUCAGAUUGAAAGAGGUGGACUGACUCUCAACGACCCAGCGUAUGAACUCAAUAAGAAAUACCACAAACUGGCACUACAGACCAUCAACGAUGACCGUGGACUUGAGAAAGCAAAACAGUUUUAUCUAAAAUUUGAAUCUGGUAAAUUUGACAAGAAAAUUCGGAGAUGGAAAAGUAUUGAUGAAACCAUGACGAAAAGUGAGCGAUUGGCAUCGACAGGAAAAAGUUUUGAGAAGAAAUCGGAAUCGAACCAGUCUUCUGACUCGGAAGCCGAGGCAAGCUCAGACAGUUCUGACCCUGACGACUCUCCUGUCGACAUCACUGACGAAGAGGGCGGCGAUGACUUUACAGAGGAGAAUAUCAAGUCACAGAUUACAAAAUCAGACGACAUGGCUUACGGACAUGAAGAUAUGGAAUCAUCGUCGUCCCCUCAGAAGGAUCUCGGUCGGAAUGAUGAAGUGGAGAAAAUGGAGAGAGAUAAACUGGACAGCGGAAUCGGAAGUCUUGCGUCGAGUUCUGCUGGAUCAUCCAGCAAUACUGAUGACGUAGUAAGCAAAAGAAGAAGGCUCGUAUCCAUGCCUUCGGGUUCUCUGGAAGAUAAUGUUUUUACACAUAAUGAUACUGCGUAACUUGUUUAU